AGCCCCCGCGUGAAGCAGUCCUCUUGCAGCUGUACACCGCUCUUCGCUUCGUCUGAGUGCCAUUGUGGUACAAAGCACCGACCAUCAGAACAGCGACUGUUUGCCGAAUGCUCUCUCACCAUUGGCCCUCCCAGCGCGCUGCACCAAAGCACUGUCGAAUUCGGACGCAUAUCGGGGACGUGCGUCAUAAAUUCCUGCGAAGGAGUAUCAUCGGCGCGGAUUCUAGAAGCGAUGAGGCUGCACGAUGGAACAUGCUCAGGAGAGGUGUUGUCACACCUUCCAAGGCACGGACUUGGCACUGGAAGAGAAGGCAUCCGCUGAGAUGUGGCCUCGGAAGCUGCGUUGCGGCGUCUCAAGGCAUGCAACACCUGGAGCCUCGGGCGAUUCAGGGCGCAGUUGGAGAGAUCGGAGGUGUCUGAGGCUUGGUGGAGCCAGUCCCUGGCGGCGCUUGUGCGAGACUAGGCGGUGUUGACCCUUGGGAUAGUUCCAGCAGAACUGGAAAACAUGCCCACUAAA